AUGGGGAGUCCCACGCCGAGUGCCCUGCUGCUCCCCACGGUCUUUCUGCUGAGCUGCUUGCCUGCUGCAACCCGGAAUCACCUGCCGCUCGCUCGCCUGCAGGUCCUCACCAACUUUGAUUGCAGAACUCAUGUGCAUGGUAUCCUGCCCAAACCCCGCUGCCAGCGGAAGCUGCGGGAGGGCCUCCCCCUGCCUCUGCCCACUCUUGCCCUAACCACAGUUCAGCUGUGCCGAGGUGAAUGCCAGCCAUGCGUCCGUGUCCAUGUGGCUCUCAACGCUACAGGCAUUGAAGGGCUGGAACUGCAUUUUCUGGUUCUAAGUUCUAACCGACCUUCUUGGCUUCAGGUGCUGAGGAAGAGGAGGCAUCAGACAGACUCAGGAGCCUUGUGGCAGAUGCAGUUUGAUUGUUUCCUAGCAGAGAGCGGCCAAAAGGUGCUUGUCUCACUGGAAACCAUUCCUAAUGGAGUGCUGAGCUUAAAUCAGAGCCUUCUCGUUACUCUCAAGCAAACAGGACCUGAGUUCCACCACACGUGGGUGCCAGCUACCCGGGCUAUUGGGGUAUCUGUUCCAGAAGGGCCUGCCAUCACUGUGCGGCUCUGCCACCAGCUGGCCUUGGAGUGUGAAGAACUGCAGCAACCUUUCCACCAGCAGGUUUCAGUUUCCAAGGAUCACCCUGCUGUGCUGCCAUAUGAGUUCCUGCUUCCUUGUCUGUGCAUUGAGGCAUCGUAUGAGCAUCUAGACGGCUUGCGGAAGAAGGUGUGUCCAUUCCAGGAUCAGCCAGAAGCCUAUGGUUCAGAUCUUUGGUCUUCAACACAGUUCCACGACUACAGUAUCAGCGAUAAGGCCAAAAUGGUUAUGUCUCUGAAUGGCCGCUGUCCGCUUCAACCCGAUGCUUCCCUUUGCUGGAAGGAAAGUGCAGCUCCAGGAGCAGCCUGCCAAGACAUCCCCAAUUCCACGGUCACAGUAUUCAACCAGGAGUACGUCCUUAAAGAGGUUGAUGUGCAUCCCCAGCUUUGCUUCAAGUUUUCCUACAUGAACAGUAGCCACAUUGAGUGCCCACACCAGACAGACACUGCCUGGAAUGUAUCCCUGAGUGCCACGUUUUUGCAGCUCCAUUUAAAGUUCCACUCCCGCAUCCCAGCAUCUUUCAGUUCAGCCAUAUGCCAGCAGCAAUCUUCAAGCAAGUGUGAACUCAAGCCACCUGUCUAUACCAUCACCCAUCCAGAGGGAUCAGCCUUGAAGGAUCAAGAUCUCAUCCUUCCUUGGCGGGCCUUGAAGAGCUGUGUACUGGUCUGGCGUUCUGAUGUGCGCUUUGCUGGCAAACAGCUUCUGUGCCCAAAUGUUGUACACAGGCACUGGGGCCUGCUUGCUUUUGCGGUGGGUCUAGGAUUGGGAUUCCUGGUUGCAGUCGUUCUGCUGAUUCGCUGGUGUCUCCACAGACUCCACAGAGAUAUACCCAGAAAGCGCUGUUCCCGUCCCAUCCUACUGAUCUAUUCUCCUGAUUCAGAGGAACACAAGCAGUUGGUCUGUGCCUUCGCUGCUUUGCUGCACUCAGCACUGGGCUGCCCUGUGCUUUUGGACCUCUGGGAGCUGGGCCAUGUGGGGAGACUUGGCAUUUUGCCCUGGAUGUAUGCCCAGAGGGAACAUGUGGGCCGGGAGCAUGGCCAAGUGCUGCUGCUCUGGAGUGCAGGCAGUGCUCAUGCCUAUGGACUAUGGCAAGGGAAGGCAAGCAGAGAUGGCGGGAAGGCCCCAGAGUCCCAUGACUUGUUUGGGGCAGCAAUGGCCUGCUUGCAAGGCGAACUGCAGUGUGCAUCCGGGACUGUGCAACAGAGUGACUGGGUGAUCGCCUACUUUAGUAAACUGUGUGGCCGGAGGGACAUUCCCCAUGCCCUGCGCUUUCUUCCCCGCUAUCGCCUUCCUCAAGAACUGCCAGGCCUGGUCAGGGUCCUGCAGGGCCCUUCCAGCAGCACACCCAGCUGGCUCCAUGCAAGCGCCAAGGCCAUGGUGUGCCACCUGCUCAAGGCUGAGAAGAAGAAGGGCCCGCGGAGCCGGCUGUACCAGCCUUGGAGGACAACCACAGAGAAACUUGCUGGUUCCCUUGCCCCACUCACUCAUCCCAAAUUGUGCAGGCCAAGCUGCACCUGAGUGACCGCUAAGACAAGUCCACCCCCGUGGAACAAGUUUGCGUUAUGAAAUGGAGCUGCCUCACAAGUUGCUUGCAACCAGGGCAGUUGAUAGGGAGGAAGGAGGCCUCAGAAAUGCCUGCUUCAUUAUGGAGCCUAGAAACCCAGGCAUUUGCGACCAUGCUGGGUCUCUGAGUCCAGUGCCACAAAUAGGAAAGGCCAAACUCAGCCAAGUGUCUUCAGGCAAAGACAGAGGCUGCUUCGUUCCCAGCUAGGCCCGUCCUCCCAUGGUGGCUGUGGCAACUGUUGCCACGGCGAUAACUACAGUGUAUUAAUGCUAGAAACAAGCAAGAGUAACAGGAAGGUUGACCUCGAUGCUGAAAGAAAGCUGUGCAAUAUUAAUACUAUACCUGUCACGAGUGGUUCGUGCAACACUCCCUAGCAGUGCCGUCACCUGGAGAGCUGCUUUCUGGGGCACUAAUGCAGUUCAGGCACCAGGGAAAGGUCUCACCACCUAAUUGGAUAAUACUUGCAUUAGUGGAGGUCAGGCAAGCCAUCACUUCAGGGCUGUAGCUGCAGGAUGCUCUGUGAGGAUGAGGCUGGUCCCCAGAGGAUUGUUCUGGGCCCUGUCCAGAUUUUCAGCUUUCAUUUGGACAAGUGGCUCUCUGGCCCUUUUACUGGCAGAGAUAGAAGGUGAAGAGUACGAGCAACAUUCAACCCAGUUGUACACUAAACGGUAAUAAAAUGAAAUGGCUGUAAAUGUGAUUAGGCUAUUUGCACUUACGUUCUGGCUAUCAACAUGCCUCACCAUGACCUCUCCUGUCCAAACAGGAUCAAAGCUGACAUGUCCCUACAUACACAGCAUAGGCUUAUUUUGCUGUGUAUAUUGAGUAAGCUGCAGGGGAUUCUUAUACAGGUCCUUUUCAGUUCAGUCUGGAAUACUAAAAGUGACUCGUUAAAAUAACAUUUGGUACAAAGGCUGAAAGCACACUUAGUGUAUAUACAUUGCUGUUCUAAUGUCUUUUGCAGUGCAUGUGCAGUGCUGGGUUAUCUGUUACAGAACUUGUAAAGACUUACACAUUUAUGGAUUAUGGCUUUGAAGAUAAAUGUGAAAACUUGAAGAUAUUUGAAAAAAAAAAAGGACUAUAGUGUUGACUAAAUAGUCUGCGUUCUGGUGUGCAUAUGCCCAACAUACACAACAAGGGAAAGUUUUCUUUCAAAAGAUUUAUUCUCAAGAAUAACCACCUACCAAUGA